GAGUCACUACAUGCUCGAGUCGCAUUGCAAAAGCAUUGACUUCAACUCGCUGCAUUUUGACUUCUGCAGCAGUCACGGAAAUGUGUCCGAUGAUGACGACGACGACAUGAGCGAGUUUCCAAUCCCGGUUGACCUGUGGUGUGUCAAGCCGUGGUGGGAAAUCACAAUCAAGGUACUGCUGUUCCUUCCAGUUGUAAUCGGCGGUGUCUUGGGAAACGCCGCCAUCCUGAACGCGGUUCGCAAAAAUCGGCUCUUGCGAAUGGCGCCGCUCAACUUGUACAUCGCCAAUCUGGCAGCCUGCGACCUUUGCGCCCUGAUCAUUGGACCGUGGCUGCUGAUGUGCAUCGACUCGUUCCAGAACUUUGUGCUGGGGGCCUUUUUUUGCAAGACCGAAGGUUUUGUGCAAAGUUCUCUGCUAUUGGGAGGAGUUUUCAGCCUAAUUGCAAUCAGCGCUGAUAGGUUUGUGGCCAUAGUUUUCCCUAAAAAGAAAAAGCUCAGCAUGCCAAUGGCUUGGUGCGUUGUUGCAACAACCUGGAUUUUGGGAAUUGCUAUUUCUGUUCCUCUCAUUAUUUUCAGAGAGUAUAAGGAGAGACAAUGGCUGGAUUUUUUGGAAAAAUACUGCAAGGAAAACUCGGAUAUAUUGUCAGACUAUUGGACCGUGAUGAUCGCUUUUUUGGUUUGGCUGCCCUUACUUGUGAUGUUUAUUUGCUACUCUGCAAUUUUUUGUAAGCUGACACACUACGCAAGACAAGCUAGACGGAGCACCAUAAACCCUUCGAGGGAUUUCCGAACUCGCGUCACGAGAAUGGUGCUGAUUUUGGUGCUGGUUUUCACAAUCUGCAGGGUUCCGUUCACCGCUCUGAUUUAUGUGAGGAACAGUUUGAAACACACCCAGAUCGGUUUGGCCUUUCGCAUACUAUGGUGGGUUUCGCACUUCCUCAUAUACACCAACGCAGCCAUCAACCCUCUCAUCUACGGCAUGACUAACGACGGUUUCCGCCGAGCAAUUCGAGCGGCUUACUCUUGCAACUCCAAGGAUGACCCCAAUCCCCAGACCCAGCAACCCAUCGCAACCCCACUUGAGAAACAAGCGUCGGUCAAGGUGCUCGAGCCGAGAGAGCCUUACCACAUUGAACCCUGCUGGCGACCCAGUAACGAGAAGAAAACUUGCCACUGCGUCCAAAAAGAAAGUAAUUCCUCCAUUUUCACAGUGGGAGGCACCACACCACCAAAUAGCGCAGAAUUGUAUUAAAAAAAACUAUACUUAUUUCAUCAGCAUAAAUAUUAUAAUUGGAAAUUUAUUGUACUUAGUUUGGAGGUGCAGAAGUGAUAUAAAUGUGCUUUUCCAUCGGUUUCGGCUCAAAAAUGCUGUCUUUGAUACCUUUGUUCAGCUCUUCGAGUGCCAGCUGCGCUUGAAGACGCAGAGUUUGGUCCUCACUUUGGGCAAGUUGUUUCAUGGUGCGGUACACUUCCAGAGACGAUGAACCAAGCGUGGAAACUGCCUGGGUGCCAAGACCUUGCAGAAGGAGAGCCAGCAACAAGGCAGCUGCUCUUCGAACAUGGAUGUCGGGAUCCGAAGUAGAAAGACCUUGUGCGCACGUCAGGAUCUGGAAAUACAAUCAAAAUUAAAGUUUAUAAUUGGCUAUUUAUUUUAAAUGAAGCGCACCUCUUGAAUGUCUCCGCUUACUCGGAAGCCCAAAACUUUGCAAGCUUCACCCAAAUUUGAAAGACUAGAAGCACGAUGGACUGGAUUCGGAUCCUUGGCACCCACAAGAUAUGCAUUCAGUAAAAUCUGUCGUUGGCUGGCAGCUACUUCACCUACAAAAAUUUAGAAUGAAAAA